AUGCUCCCCAGCACGAAUAAGCAAAACGCCUCCACAGCCAAAGGCGGGAGCGGAGUGGCCGCCUUCCUAGAUACUACCACGAGGAGCCCCAGCUUUGGUUCAGCUACGAACUUAGGGCAGGACUGUUCAAACGACUUUGCAAAGCAGUGGCGGGGCCUUCCGCGUCAGCCUUGGAGCCUCGAUGCCACUUUCGAGGACAUUGCUUCUGAGGCAAACGACAGCGUGGGGUGGUUGGCUCCUCCGCUGCCCCCGAUAUGCCCUCCGAAGUAUGCAAAGAGCCUCGAGGGCGGAGCACUUUCGGCCGCGGCCACGCACGAUAACGAGAAGACAGCUCUCCAGCAGGAGCGCCGCCCCCAGUUGGCGGGAAAACUGGCCAAGACUGGCCCUGGUACCAGUCGCACUGACGAGGCAGCCGACGAAAAUGAGCCUGACGUCGCUUUCUCCAAGGCGCUGUGUUCGGUCUCGUCUCCUGUCGACAAACAGCUGCUCAGGGUACGCAAUGCGGCAUUUUUGAGCACGCUUGAAGAGGUGCGGAGAGCGAGUACGGAGGCGCGUAAACACCUUCAAGCGGGCUACCGUGAGGAGAUGCACAACAGGCGACUGUGGGCACGCAAAAUCGAGCAGCUGGCACAGUUCAGGGAAGACGUCCUGCAGUUGUUGAGGUAG